GCGGACUCCCUCAUUCCGCUUCCCCACUUUCCGGUUCUUUGCUUGCUGGAGCCUUGGAGGGAGGAGCCAUCGAACAUGGCUCAUUUACCUGAAAGCUUAUCGUAACGGAAUUCGUCACAGUUUCGAAACUAACUCCAGAAGACUGCGAAAACCCUAACCAUCCAAAACAAGUAUAUUCAUUGAAGCAUUAACAUUUAGUUUGCUGAACGUUUUAAUGGAGGAAACGAGUUCAAGCUCCGAAGGAGAGUUUUUAGAAGGAGCGACAGAAAUCGAAGACAAUGCGGAAAUCCAUAAAGAAGAUCUUCUGACGGAAGAGGAUGGUGUUUUUCCAUUGGAAACUGGAGAUAACAUUGAAGAUGCAGAUGACAGUGAAACAGAGAGAGAAGAAAGUUUGAAAGUGGCAGUUAAGACAUCGUAUGAAAUAAAACUGAGAGAGUUAUUGAGGAACAUACAUUCGGUUGAAAUUGAGAUUUAUUCAGAAGCUUCAAACGAAUUUAUCAGGCUGCUGAGAGGUGAUUCUGGAGGUGAACUGCUCAGUCAAUACGUCCAAGCUUCCCCCAUGUGCUCGGAGUUGGUGGAGGUUUGGAAGCUCCGACAAGGGAAACCUGGAAUGUCGCACGUUCUAUCUUUAAUCUCCACGAUUUUGGACCACUCCGAUGGGAAAUAUAAACCAAAUGACAUCGGAAGGAUUACCAUAAGCCGGAGGCUCGAUAAGUUAGCUCGUUCCAUUAUUGAAAGCAAGUUAGAAGAUGUUUAUGCGGAACUGAACAGCAAAGAAGCAAGUCGUCAGAAUGCGGCAUUAUUGCUAUUGGCAGCAGUUGUUGGGCGUGGUGUGGGGUUGGCUUCUGAGGUUGCUAAGAAUUUCGAUUUCAAACUCUCAGUGUUCCCUAAGCUUGCGGAGUAUCAGCAGAAAAAGGUUGGGAAGAAGGGCAAACACUCAACAAGGAAAUCAUUCAUCAAGUAUGCAAUGUCAUUUUUAGAUAUUGGGAAUCCAAGAUUACUGAGAUGGGUCUUACAGCAGAAGGAUAUGUACUCAGGGGUGCUUCGUGGGCUUGGGAGUGAUGAUAGUGAGACUGUUAUUUAUGUUCUAUCCACAUUGCGUGAUAGGGUCCUUGUGCCAGAGUCAUUGGUGCCCCCAGGUCUUAGGAGUGUCCUAUUUGGCACUGUUACUUUGGAUCAGUUAGUUAGCAUUUCAGGAAACCCACUUGGUGGGCCUGCUGCUGAGAUAGCACACCAAAUUCUAGUUAUGGUCUGUACUGAUCCUCAUAAUGGGUUGAUGCCUGAUUUGAAGGCUCAUCCAAACCCAUUAAGAGGUAAUCCAAAGCGACUGCUGGAUUUAAUGAAGAAACUAAAGGCAACAGAAAUUGGCUACCACAGAGACCUGCUGUUGGCUAUUGUUAAUGGGAGGCCAUCUUUGGGUUCAGCUUACAUGGACGAGUUCCCUUAUAUUCUCGAACCUCGUGAAUCAGAUACAUGGUUUGCUGCCAUUUCCCUGGCAGCAGAUUUGGUAUCCUCAGCAAGCAUGAAUAUUCCUUUUGGUUCCACUUCCUCUCAGCCACAAGAUCCACCUUCUCUAAAGAGUCCUGAGGUGCAGUGUCUGCUGAAGUGUUUUGUUCCUCGUUUAUUUAGUCGGAUGGUAAUUGAUAGGGGUUUACGUCGCACUAAUGUUGCUGUGAAACAUGGUUCCUUGAGGCUACUUCUGGAGGCACUGAAGUCAUUGGACAACUUACUUGGUGUCAUCAACUGUUUCUGUAGUUCUAAUCCAGCGAUGCAGAAGUGGGUAUCUCUCAAGCAAGAAAUUCAGGAUGAAGCUAGAGCUUUGCUGCCGGAUCCUCAAGUUCUGUUGAUGUUACUUUCUUCCCUGAGUUACAGCCAUUCCAGUACUUCAAAGUCAAGAUUGAAAAGAGAUAGAAAAUCUGUCAAUUCUCCUGAAGUUCAUGACAGGGGUGCUGCAAAGAAAUUGAAAUAUGGGACAGUGAAUGAAGAUGCAGAUAUUCUUAUAAGUGGGAUUAAUGCUGAGCCUGAUACUACUUUGCAGGGGGAGAUUAAGAAGGUUACAGGUGCAUUUAUCACAGAGGAGUUGGACAGUGAAAUGGAACUUGUGAAGGUUAUAGCCGGAAUUUGGGGUUUAAACAAGUGCUCCCUGCCAGGAAAUGAGCUAAAAGACCCACAUGUUUAUUUUCACUCAAAGUUGCUUGAUGCUCUCACAUUAUAUCUUCGAACAAUGCCUAUAGGGGCGGAAGGAGCAUUUGAUUUCUUUAAGCUUCUCCCCAGUGAUCCCUUAACUUUAUCCAGUAUUCUACAGCGAUCUCUAUUAUCUCUUUUGGUAGAACAUAUUAAAUGGACCCCUGGGAACAGGGUUUCCAUCAGAGCUCCUCAUCUGAUGUACAAGCAUUUGCAGCAGUUUAUUAAUCUAUUGAUAUUUUCACCACGCAAAGAGAUAAAGGAUCAAGCAUAUGUGCUGUCACGAGCAGCUAUGUUAAGUACGGGUGCCUUUGACAGGAACAUAAAUGAGAUAGAUGCAUGGUUCUUAUUUUUACCUGGCUAUGAUAGAGAUAAGCCUUCUGCGAAAAGUCAAGGGAUUGAAGCACUUCAGCACUUGUCUGCAGUUGUUAUUUCAUUCUUGUGUGAUGCUGUUUCUACAAUAGGAAAUAACUUAUACAAAUAUUUGGACCGUGCACGUUGCAUUAUCUCCAAACUAAAGGGAGUUGAAGAUGUUUCUCUUGAUUUCAGUCCUCUUGUUAUCUGUGCUCUCGAAAAAUGCAUAAGGUUGCUGGAUUCUGGUUCUGGAACUUUUAAAGUAUCUGAGAAAUCAAUGAUUUCAAUGUAUGUGUGCAAUACCUUAAGUUUUCUCUUGCAGACUCAGGUAAGAGAAGGGCUAUUUUCUGCUCUUAUUGAUUUGGUUUUAACUGAAAGAUUUGACAACCGUUGCCCAAUGGAUGAUGAUUCAGGAAAGUUUCUUUGUGAGUGGCGACCACUAAAAAAUCUGUUAUUUUUUGCACAUAGUAUCUCACAUCAACAAGCUUGUAAUGGGUUUUCCAGCAGUCAAAAAUUUAUUAAUGCAGAUGGUAGUUCAUUCAUCAAGGCACUUGGUGAAGUGAAAAGGAUUUUAAGAAGUGAAUCCCAUGGGGGAUUAGGAGUUGCCAGAGCUUUUUCCUCAUCACUAAUAUGCACAGCACCUGAUAAUAUAGUAGAAAACUUUCCUUCUGUUAUUGUUAUUCUGCAACAUUUUGGAGUGCCUCAGUCAUUUUUAUCAUCUAUGUUUUUCCUUGAACGGGACCUUCUUGCCAAUGUUGCUGAUGUAUGGCCUCAUAUUUUACUUUCUGGUCUGGAAAUGGUUAGGGCAAUGAUGGGUAGUAACUACAAAGAUGAUAAUACCUAUUUGACCAGUGACAUAACAAAUGUGUCUUCUGGAGAAGGAUUACUUAGUUGUGUGGAUUUUGAUUCAAUAGAAUCUGCUUCUGCUGCAUUUAGUUCCUUUCUGAAAGAUGUGCCUUUCUACAUGUUGUUUCCUGCAAUUCUGACCAUUGGCAAUUCAUGCUUUCUGGAUAUGACAAGAAUGCAAGACUUGCUUCUGUCUAAGUUCUCUGAGGAGUCAUCUGAUGGUUCCUUUGCAUCACUCCGCCUUUUACUGUUCUGGGUCCAUCAGAUACAGUUAUCCUACAGAAUUAGACCAUUAGGUGAACUGGAAAAGUUGUUUGGAACUUGCUUUGUUCUCAUAAAGCACUUGUUGACACGACUUUUGCUUGUAAAUCCUGAUAUUGAUGGUUUAGAAACUAUGACAUAUAUUCCAGAAAUAGUGGAAACUAUCUUCAAGCAUCCUGCAGUGACUGCAUUCUUGUCACUUCCUUUGUGCUGUAAUGAAGAACUUAGAGAUGGAAGUUUUGGGGACAGUUUGGAAGCUUUUAUGAGUUCAUCAAAACAUAGAGUUCAUCCACUAGACCAUCAUAUCCUGGAUAUCUUGACAAUAGUGUCUGAAUACUUGUUGAAUUCAUGCAGCAGCUAUAACUCCAUGCCUGAAGUUAAUUAUACCGCCAAAGAACAGCUUAUAAAAUCUUUCAAUGCCCUGGCUCAGCAAUUGGUGUUGGUAUUCAAAGAGAAGUUUGAUUUGUGCAUUGGGAUUAAAGAUUUUAUGCCCCUUGUUCCAACUUUUUAUGUGUUUCACGCCCUAAGUCAUUUUAUGUGCCCUUUUGAGUUGUUGGAACUUGUUGAGUGGAUUUUCUGUGAAGUUGACCAAAAUGACUUCACUGACUGUAAAGAUUCCAAGGUUGCUGCUCUCUCUCUUGGGCUUUAUAUUGCUGAUGGUGCUUUUGUUAUGCUAUCCAGUUCCGCUGACCGUCUAAACACAAAUAUGUUGACAUUCCACUUGUUUUCAGAAAUAGAUGAGGGGGCUUCUAAAAUUUGUCUUCUUGAGAAAAUUUAUAGUAAGGUAGUUGAGUUAGCCACCUGUUCUGAACUAGAUUGUGCAUAUUUAUGUUUGUUAAAAGCUGUGAAUGUUGUAUAUAAACAGAAUUAUAUCAAACCUCAAGCUGCUCUUCUCCCAAUAAGUAUGGCAAUUUCAAGGAUGAUACUUGGCAGUCCUAUGAAGAUGCUUUCUCAUUGCAUUUACGAGAUGAGCUCAACGAAAGCAAAAUUGUUGUUUGUACUUACUGAAGUUAGUCCUCUGCAUUUGUCCCUCUUUGGGGAGAUGUUUUUGCAUCUCCUGAACAAAGAUUUGCCAGUUAAUGGUGACAUGAGGGUGAGUUGUAAUUAUACUCUUUCAGAUGAGGAAUUUGUGAUGCUUUUGCCUGUUGUUUUUUCAUACUUGAAUUCUAUACGGUUCAGAAAUCAGUACCAAGAGCAUUUUGAAUGUAUAUUAUCAUUAUAUUCAAAGAUUCUCUUGGUUCGCUUCUCAAACUGGAAGAGUUAUGUGUCUGGAGACAUAUUUCAAGAAGAAUAUGGGGAGUUGCCUACGUCUACUGAGAAAUUUCUUAAACUUGUCAAUAGUAGUCUACUUGGAAAAGCGGUUCAAAUGUUAAAGUACUACUUUUCCAUUUCUAAAGAUUCAAUGCGGUUGAAGAAACGACUUAAGCUAUUUGAUGCGAUUUGCCCACGCUCUGGUGCAUGUGGUGAUUUUCUGGAUUUUGAUUUUACUGAGAUAAAUAUGUCAUCACUUGAGCAAGUAUUGAACUUCAUAAACAAAGUUGUUGGAAAGGUAUCAUUUUCUAAGUUGCUUUUAUUUCCAUGGGAGUAUCAGCAUCAGGCUGUAGCAACAGAAACUGACGGGGAUCCCAAGGAGAUGCCUCUGGGAGUAGGAUCCAACAGAGAGGAUUUUGAGAGACUGAGGUUUAUGAACAUCUUGGUGAAUAGUUGGCAUAAAAUUGUAAAUCAAUUCCCUAUAGUUGCUGAUGAUUCUGAGAAAUCAGAGAAUACAAACUGCACAAAACUAUUCAGACACUUGGAAUCUUUUGUUUUGGGAAGCAUUGUUGAAUUGUCCAAACAGAUGCAGAACAGUCUUAUAAAAUUGCACUCUAUUCCUUUCUUAAAACAUUUUAUCAGAUCAACUCUUCUUCAUAGGUUUCAGGAUCCAACAACUAUGGAGGCGCUCCAUAUUGUUCUUUCCUUGCUAUCUGAAGGCAAAUUUUCUUUUGGUAUGGCUUUUAAUCUAUUGCUUGCACAUUCUCAGUUUGUCUCCACUAUUCUUUGGAGUGAUUCAAUCUCUGAAUCUUCUGGACUUUCUCAUGCUGGGAUACUGUUGAGGCCUAUAUCCAGCAUUCUGAGAACAUUUGUUAGUCAUACCUCUGAAAGUGCAAUUGAUGGCAAGAGCUCUUCUGGUGCAUGUGAUUUAUACAAGAAAAAGUUGGGAGUAAUUAAGCUACUCAGAGUAUUGUAUCAUCUCAAGGGUCAUAACCAUAAUAGUCAUUCUGGAAAAGAUGUUGGCAUGAAUUCCAAAGAACUGCUUUCUUUGCUUUUAUCUUGUUAUGGUGCAACUCUUAGUGAAGUUGACUUGGAGAUCUUCAAUCUCAUGCUUGAGAUUGAAUCAACUGAAGGAUCUGAGUGUGGAAGCAUUGCAGAAAUGGAUUACCUAUGGGGGUGUUCUGCUUUAAAAUUAAGAAGAGAACAAGUAUUGGAGAAAGUUCUGUCCUCCAACAAUAUUGUUGAUUGUGAAACAGUUGAAGAACGUCGAAGAAGGCAAUUCAGAGAGAACAUUCCCAUUAAUCCCAAAUUGUGUGUAACAACAGUACUACAUUUUCCCUAUGAUAGGGUGGUAUAUAAUGCCGCUACACCUGUGGAGAAGUCUCAGAAGGAUAUUAAUGUCCAUAUGAUUGAGAAGACACCAUCAACAAGUUUGGAAAGAAUACAACGAUAUGAUCCUGCAUUUAUCUUGCGCUUCUCAAUUCAUGGUCUGUCAAUGGGUUACGUUGAACCCUCAGAAUUUGCUGGUCUGGGAUUGCUUGCAAUAGCAUUCCUUAGUAUAUCUUCACCAGAUGAAGGGAUAAGAAAAUUGGGUUAUGAGGUUCUUGCAAGGUUUAAAAGUGCUUUGGAGGUUUGUCGAAACCGGAAGGAGGGAUUACGCUUUCGGCUUCUUUUGACAUAUUUGCAAAAUGGAAUAGAUGAGCCAUGGCAGAGAAUUCCUUCCAUUACAGCUAUUUUUUCUGCUGAGGCAUCAUUGAUAUUGUUAGAUCCUUCACAUGAUCAUUACCCAACCAUAACUAAACUUUUGAUGCGAUCUCCUAGAGUUAAUUUGAAGUGCGUACCUUUAUUCAACACUUUCUUUGGGAGUACUUCUGUUAGUUUCAAAACAGACAGGUUAUGGAUACUUCGCCUUUCAUAUGCAGGGCUGAAUUUAGAUCUUGAUGCUCAAAUAUUUAUCAGGAAGCUCCUCCUUGAGAUUUUACUUGGCUUUUAUUUUUCUUCUUUCUCAGAUUAUGACUCACAAAUACUGAUUCUUGAGAUAUUGAAGAAGUCUGUUAAGUUACAUAUCCUGGCUCGUUAUCUGGUUGAGCAUUGUGGUCUGAUUUCAUGGUUAUCAUCAGCUCUCUCGGUCAGUAGUGAGAGGCUACAUGGAGAUGAGAAAAAUAUAUUUCUAAGACAGAUAACAAUAGUUGUAGAGGUAGUUAAGGAUGUUAUCUCAUUCAGAAAUAUCAUUGAGUGGCUGCAAAAGUAUGCCUUUGAGCAGCUAUCAGAGCUUUCAUCUCAUCUACACAAACUCUUAAUAAUUGGUUUGGAGUUGAUAAAGCAAAAUGUUCCAUUGGUUAAUUCAAUUCUACAUAUAGUUUUUUCUACAUUGAGGAUUUCUCAGAAGAGAAGGAUUUACCAACCACAUUUUACCUUAUCAGUUGAAGGCCUGUUUCAACUAUACCAGGCCAUUGAUGAUGGAUUCAGUAAUAUGAGAUCUGGUCCUAACACUGAGCUGUUACUGAAAGCCAUACUUAUGAGCACGCCCCCAACUGCCAUUCUUCACAUGGUCAGU